CGGCGAUCUGUGUAUACGUAUCUAAGUGCUUAAUUCGGUUAAGCGACAUCGCGAUCAUUGAUCAAUCUGUGGUAUUCGACAUCCAUUCUCGUUGUUCACUGAUUGUUCGCGAUACGAUACGUAAAAGACGAUACAACGCAAUGUCGCUGCUGCCAUAUGCCAUGACCGUAGUAUCAGUUGCAUUGUGGCUGUUCACCCUGAUAGGCAGUAUGGCUGCGGAAUGCGGAGUUCAACAACUUCCAGGUCCUCUCUCCUACUUAGGUGAGGGGCCAGUUUGGGAUGUAGACAGCCAAAGUCUGUAUUACGUAGAUAUAAACGGAGCUGAAAUUCUUCGGUACGACUAUGCAGAAAACAAAACGUACAGUGCAAAAAUUGAUGGAGUCGACCCGAUUUCUCCUAUUAUCCUGGUCCAGGGGAAGCCCAGUGAAUACGUAUUAGGCACGGGCAACAAAAUUGUCCUCGUCAGCUGGGACGGCCGAUCGGAUAAAGGAACGCUUCUGAAAACCCUGUAUGAUUUGGGCGACUCUCAGAAACAUGUGCGCUUCAACGAUGGUAAGGUUGAUCCUCAGGGCCGCUUGUACGCCGGCACAAUGCAACUGGAAAGCCUUGGUGAUAUCAUGCAACAGAAAGAAGGCAAACUGUACCGAUUCGAUGGUAAGGCCGGAGGGAAGUUUCAUCAACUGAAAGCUGGUAUCAGCAUUUCCAACGGUUUAACAUGGCCGGAGAAAAGUAACAAAUUCUACUACAUUGACUCCGCUGCAUUGAACAUAAAGGAGUUUGAUGUACUGGAGAAUGGAGAUUUGCAGAAUGAAACCGUUUUCUACGAUCUACAAGUGGGAGGCAAAAACUCGGGAUUUGUGGCCGACGGCAUGACCCACGAUACUGAUGGCAAUUUGUACGUUGCUACAUGGGGCGGUUCAAAACUAUUGAAGAUUAAUCUGAAGACGAAAAAAAUCGAACAGGAGAUUGCAAUUCCGGCUAAACAAGUUACUUCUGCAGCCUUCGGUGGCCCAAACAUGGACGAACUGUUCGUUACAACUGCCCACACUGGCAACCAGGAUCCGCCAGCCGGAGCUCUUUUCAAAAUCACUGGAUUAGGUGCCAGAGGAAAACCAAUGGACAAAAUGAUAUUAACGAAUUGAGUUAGACAAGUUUCCGGUAAUGAAAUAAUUACUGUUCAAAAUCAGAUUAAUCUUUCGUUCUCACUCUCAAACAUGUUGUCAAAAUAAAUGAAUUUGCCGUUAAUUAUAAUGUGCUUAGGAUCUGUCUCAUUUGGAGAAUUAAACUUAAAUUCAACUUGAAAGUGGCAUUUCAAUAAUUAUCGAAUGCCCCUGCUCGCACUAGCGAUCUCCAGUAGCUUUGCGAGCAAGUCGUAGGAUUGCCAAUCCGGAGAUCGUGAGUUCGAUUCUCGAUUCUAGGAUGUUUUCGGGUGGGAAACAUUCUCGACUCCUUGGGCAUGAUCAGUGGCGUAGCCAGAAAAUUGGUCUGUUUUUUUCAAUAUGUUGAAUUCGAUUUAGUAUGGUAAAUACAUGUAUGGUUAAUUGCCUACAUUUUGGCGGUUAAAACCUUUGAUGCGAUAAUAUCAUGCUGCUUAAAAAUUACUCAACUAUGAGAGUUAUGAAUUGCGCCAGGAGUAAAUUGAUUUAUGAUUCAAAGUAUAGAUAGUGGAAUAUAUAGAUGAGCGAAGAUAAAUCCACUGUAUGGAGCGUUUCUCCGUCGAAUGAAACCAGUUGCACUCGAAUCGGUCAAGUCCUUCUAUUUAUAUGAAACGCGUUUAACAGAAAAAAAAUCCCGGAGCUACACACACACAGACUGACAUUUGCUCAGUGUUUCGAGUUGAGUCGAUUGGUGUAUAACACUAUGGAUCUCCGAGACUCCUAUCAAAAUUUGCCUUUCGGAUUGAAAUUAUAGCAUUCUGGUACAACUUUGUUGUACGAGAAAGGCAAAACCAUAUAUGGUAUAUAUACCGUCAACAUUCUUGCAUAUUUCUUUUGGUAACCUUCGUCACCAGCACAUACGGAAAUUGUAUGCGAUUGGUCGACUAUGUCUUGGAAUUAUGUAUGUAGACCGAAUUAAGUACCUCCCCCUAGAAUAAGCUUCUUAGAAUAAUCGUUACCAAAUAAAAAUUCAAUUACAUUUCACCACGCGAA